CUCCAAAGCUCGAAGCUAUGCUUCUCCGCGCGCGCCUCUCGAACCCCCACCUUCUCUCCAUCCCCUUCUCCUCCACCAAGCCCCGUUCUCCUCCUCCGCUCGCCGCCGCAUCCUCCUCCCGUCGCCGGCCCCUAUCCCUUUCCGCCACCCCGCCCCCGCCAGUGUCGGACGAUCUCGUGCGCACGGCGCUGUUCGUGCCACCGGGCAUCGAUCGUGCGGAGGUCACCCCUUCCAUGGUGCUCCCAGGGUCUAACAUCGUCAUCGGGCCCUACGCUGGACACUCGCAGAUCAAGCAGGUCGAGUUCGUCAAGAGCAGCGCCCGCGCCCGGGACUGCCCCAAAGACCACCGCCCUGAGUUCGCCAUCCUCGGCCGCUCCAAUGUCGGAAAGUCUUCUCUCAUUAACGCUCUCGUCCGUAAAAAGGACGUUGCUCUCACCUCCAAGACACCAGGAAAGACUCAGCUCAUUAAUCAUUUCUUAGUGAAUAAGAGCUGGUACCUUGUGGAUUUGCCAGGAUAUGGUUUUGCAAAUGCUCCUGAAUCAGCCCGGAUGGAUUGGUCAUCAUUCACUAAAGGUUACUUUCUGAACCGGGGCACGUUGGUUGGCGUCCUAUUACUCGUCGAUGCGAGUAGUCCGCCUCAACAGAUUGACCUUGAUUGCGCGAAUUGGCUGGGCAGAAACAAUAUUGGAAUGACAUUUGUUUUUACAAAAUGCGAUAAAACAAAAGGCGGUAAAAAGACUCGUCCUGCUGAGAACAUUGAGCAAUUCCAGGCGUUGAUCAGGAAGCACUACCAGGAACCUCCGCCGUGGAUCAUGACAAGCAGUGUCACAGGCAUGGGCCGCGCCGAGCUCCUCCUCCACAUGUCUCAGCUAAGAAACUACUGGGACAACUAGCAUUCAAACUCGAAAAAUAUCUCCGUGUGCUCUACGAUUGUGCUAAAAGAUAAUCAACACAAGUUGUCGGCAUGCUUCAUGAUCAUAUCCAUGCAUCAUUGACCUUCAAAACACAGACUUUGUCAAUGUAUGAUCCACUUGUUUGCUAUCACAUUCAAUCAACUUCUGGUACAUCAUUUAUACUGGUAGGCUCUAGCUACAUUUAGAAGUUACAACCAGAAGAUUUAUUUAUUUAUUUAUUAAUCUUGUUUUUUUGUAAGAUAUCUGAAAAUAGUUCUAUUGUACUCUCUUUAUAUCUGAUGGAUGUAUAAAAUUCUACGGUUGAGAUUUUA